AUGGGAUGUGCAUCAUCUACACCAUAUACCUUCUCCCUCUCGGAUCGACCCCCUUUCAUGAUCUUUGUCAUCAUGCUUCACCAUUGCGGCUCUGAUGACAUUCAUCUGCAACAACAUUCACCGACUCUUUCUUGUGAUCUGGUUCCUGCGACAUUGUUGAUCAGGAGCGCCACCACCCUUGACCAUGCUCUUCUUCGGGAACACUUCUUCGCAGAUCUCCAUGAAGGCUUGAACGAUGAGUUGGUGGUGGCACGUGGCGUUCAGCUUGAGGAAGCACUCGAGAAGCUCUCGGAGAUCGGUUUCUGUGUAGAUCUCUCUCUCGAGGAUCAUUUGGAGCAUGGAGGCUCGGAAAUCCUUAUGUGGGUCGUUUGAGUCCUUCUCAACGGCGAUGCUGUCAACGAGUUUUGGGUUUGGUUUUGGCAUACUGUUGUUGUUGUUGGGGUUUUGUUGAUUUGUGUCGGGUUCGGAGAUGGUGGUGGAAGUAAAGACUUCAUCGUCGUCGUUGCGGUCACCGGAAGUGGUGGAUGAAUUGAGGCUGCUAGGGUUUGUGUUUUGGUAAAUGGAGAUUUUGGGUUUUGGGGUGGGUUCGUGGACGUCAGAGGAUUUUGGUUUGCUACACCCACAGCCUCCAUUUGCUUUGUAUAGGGCUCUCAUGAACCUCCUCUUGUUGGAAGACAUUAAUGUAUUGAUCCUUUAAAUUGCGGUUACAGUUGCAACUGGGAUUUCGCCGGGAUCUUUGAUAUCGUGACAAAUUACUCACUAAUGCGGUUGAUGUGGUUACAAUUGUAAUUGCAGAGAUGGAAAAACUUUGAUGUUGCAGCUAAAAUUGACGAUUGACUAUUAUGAUUUUGCUUGGGAUAAGAUGGUGUUGUUGGUAAAAGUCCUUUUCAAAAUCAGAUUGAGGCAGGGAGAGAAAGAAAAAAAAUGGGAAUGGAAGAAGAAAGUUGGAUAGUGGAUUGGAGUUUCUGUGGGAAGUGUUUGGGAAGAAAGGCUUUUAGGUUUAUGAUAGGGUGGAAGGCAUAAUCAUGUGAACGCUCUUUCGGGAGAGACCCUCACGAUAAGAUCCUUU